GUCAAAAAUGAUCAAAACAAAAAAAAAUCUUGUCAGGGAACGAAGGUCGCUCCUAAUUCAUCUAAGCCUUGCCAGUCCUGUAUAGAUACACCGUAGGAUACCGUCACUGCUGAACGUAUGGAACCGCAAGUGUUUCAUCCUUGUGAUGAAGCGGUCAUAUCGACCAACGAUGAUGCCAGCAACUGCAAACGUUCCGCCGUCAAGAUGGGCUACUGGAAGGACGAAUACCUUGGAUAUUUCGUGCGCAGCCCCGAUCGAAAGGCUCCCGAGAUAAACCGGGGCUAUUUUGCACGGGUCAAGGGUAUCGAGAUGUGCAUCGAAAAGUUUUUCAAGAAAACCGGCGAUAAGUGCCAAAUCAUUAACCUCGGCUGCGGUUUCGAUACUUUAUACUGGAGAUUGCGUGAAUCGGGCCACAUGAUAACCAACUUUGUGGAGCUAGAUUUCCCGGCAGUAACAUCACGCAAAUGCUACCAGAUCAAGCGUAACAAGAUCCUGUUAGAAAAGAUUCACGUCGAAGACGGCGAAGUUCGACUGAGUCCGACCGAUCUGCACUCCAGCAACUAUCACAUUGUCGGUGUCGACUUGCGAAAUAUUGACGAAGUGGCUAUCAAAAUGCAACAGUCUGAGGUGGAUUUUAGCAUCCCAACCAUCUUCCUAGCCGAAUGUGUGCUGGUGUACAUUGAACCGCAAAAUAGCAGCAACCUGCUGAAAUGGUUUGCCUCCAACUUUCAGUCGGCCGUGUUUGUCAACUACGAGCAGGUUAAUAUGAACGACCGCUUCGGUGAUGUUAUGCUGAACAAUUUAAGACAGCGAGGCUGCAGCUUGGCCGGGGUUGAAUCCUGCCUUUCGCUAGAUACGCAAAUUUCCAGGUUCUUGAAUUGCAACUGGCACGGUGCACGCGCAUGGGAUAUGGUGCAAAUUUACAACAGCAUCCCGCCAGCCGAACGAGCUCGAAUUGAACGAAUCGAAAUGCUGGAUGAGGCCGAACUGCUGAUGCAGUUGUUCCAGCAUUACUGCAUCUCAGUGGGUUGGAUCGGAGACCUUUUCCAGGAUAUUGAAAUCACCGUUGAGAAACGGCUAUCAUCGUUGAAUAUUGACUAAUCGAGCCGCGGGAAACUCGUUUUGACAGCGACAGGCAGAGAUUAUACUUAUUUAUUUCAAGCUAAAAUUGUUUGAUUAGCUCUAUUUUGUUAUUCUCUAUUAUUAUUAUGCACUUAUAAUGGAGUCAAAAGUCACUAUUAUUAAUAUCUAUAAAAGUCUACCAAAACAUUAAGCCGAUUUCUCUUUCGGAAUUGAUCAAUUACAUAGUAAUUGGAUGUUUGGAAUGGUUCACGCCUUAGUUUAUUGCUUUAGAAAUUAUAUCCUCGUUGAAAGUUGAGUUCAACUACGAGCCUAAAACUGCCGAAACCAAAACGUAGAGCGGCUACCGGUAUGGCGUCGGUCAGAGAACCGCACACGAAAUCGAAUUUCAGACCUUUCAAAUGUGCUGUUUCUACUAUUUAUCAAUGUAGUGUGAUGUUUUACAACAAACAAAAUAAACGUAUUUAAUAUAGCAACAACCAUAGCCAAAAGCUCUCAACCUCGACCCUUUUCGAGACUGUCUUAACUGUAGCUAGAGUUAAACGAAUUAUUACAUCUGCACAUCUAUGUAUCUACGAAAUAGAGUGGCAUUUGCAUCCUGUAGCUGAUUGAUAGAUACAUCACUUCUCGAACAAAUAUUGACACCACUGAUUUCCAGAAACCUUGUUCAUACAUAGCAAAGCUUUUGUUUGAAGUUAAUUAAAAUCGUUUCGUUUAUUUUGUAGUAAUCUAAACAAAUGCAGUACCGGCAUAUACUGCCGCUAGAAGCAUAAUUGUCCCAUGUGUAUAGGGAUUCCCAUAGCACAUGGGACAGUUAUGCUUCUAGCGGCAGUGUAGGUAUCGUCUUCAGUUUGUUCCAGUAAUGGAAACAAUUUCAGAUGAACUGUUUUACCGAACCCAGUCAAAUCCUUAUUGCUCGAUUUAUGAAUAAAGAACAACAUGUAGAAACUUUA